GUCAAAUCCUAAGUCAAAUUCUUAAGUCAAGUUGACAUGGAAAUUAUUCCUUCAAAUCCUGUGCUUGAAUUUAAUGCUAACCAAUUACAGGAAGUUAGAACAAUAAAUGUUUAUGAAGAUGCAAAACAAAUGAAUCAAGCCAUAGAUGCGUUUGAAGAUUGGAUUAAGAAGCAGAAUCAUUUUGCUGUCAAACAAUAUGAUCGAGGGUAUCUAGAACGCAUGAUUAUUACUAACAAGGGGUCUAUAGAAAGAGCCAAGCAGCGUCUGGACAGAAUCUGCACUCUACGGAACCUUAUGCCGGAAUUUAUGUGCAACAUUGACAUUUUGAAUGAUUUUAACAAUUUACAUAAAAUUUUACAAAUCGGAGUUCUCCCAAAACCAACAAAGGACAACUACAGAAUCACAUAUGAAUCGUUCAUUAAAUCUGACGAAAGUUAUAAUGUAACGGAUACAUUCAAAUAUACAUAUCUGAUGUUCCAGUACAGUCUCUGCAAUGACUAUUACGCAGGAAUUGAAUGCAUCGUCGAUUUGAGAGAGUAUAGCUUCAGUAUGUUGAGCACGAUAAGUUUUACUGACUUUCACAAAGGAAUAACGAUGCUGUUGCAAACUUUUGGAAGCAGAUGUAGAUCAAUCCACAUUAUAUCCUCCAACAAAAUCUUAGACGGAGUUAUGUUGCUAUUUCGGAAGUGUUUAAGCGAUAAGAUGAACAAGAGGAUACACAUACAUCAUUCUCAUGAUACACUCUCCCAAUUUUUUGACAAAUCUGUACUGCCAGUAGAAAUUGGUGGAGAAUAUAAGAAGAGUCUAAAGGAGAUAUGUGAUGAAUACUUCAAGGAACUCUGCUCAGAAUCGAACCUAGCGCGGAUGAAAGAUUUCGACGCAGCUGUCACCAUUGAAUCACAGAGAAUAAAGGCUUCGUUCAAUGAAGAGUAUUCCGGCAUGCCAGGGUCCUUCAAAAGUUUGUGCGUAGACUAAAUACCAUAGUUUCAAGAUUGAGUUGCCAUGCCAUUGUAGAAGUCGACUGUGGGAUAUGGGUUUUACUACCUGUCACUUCAAAAUCACUAUUUCUUUUUCAGUCCUAUAAUUGCUAAAAGUGGCACUGUAUCUUGAGCAGUGUCAAGU